GUUCUCAGAGCUAAUUAUCUGAUAGUGAGUUUUAGAAGCAGUCGAAGGUCUGGUAAACCAAGUAUCAAUGGCGUAUUCAUUUCCUGAAGAGGUUCUAGAGCAUGUUUUCUCUUUUAUUCAUUCCUAUAAGGACCGAAAUGCCAUUUCUCUUGUCUGCAAGUCCUGGUAUGAUAUUGAACGGUGGUGCAGGCGUCGGAUCUUCAUCGGAAACUGUUAUGCUGUGACUCCGAGGAUUACAAUAAGACGGUUUCCUGAGCUCCGAUCUGUGUCAUUGAAAGGAAAACCUCAUUUUGCUGAUUACAAUCUUGUGCCACACAAAUGGGGAGCUAAUUUGUACCCUUGGGUGGCAGCCAUGGCUCAAGCCUAUCCUUGGUUAGAAGAGCUGAGGCUGAAGCGUAUGGUGGUAACGGAUGAUACUUUGGAAAUGAUUUCUCAUUCGUUUAAGAACUUUAAGGUUUUGGUCCUCUCGUCCUGUGAAGGUUUCACUACUCACGGACUCGCCGCCAUUGCUGCCAAUUGCAGGAAUCUGAGAGAGUUAGACUUGCAGGAGACUGAAGUGGAUGAUCCGAGUGGAAAUUGGCUCAGCCAUUUCCCUGAGUCAUGUACGUCACUGGUUUCCCUUAACUUUACACGCCUGGAGGGGGAGGUCAGCUUCUCUGCACUGGAGCGUCUAGUAGGAAGGUGCACCAACUUGAGGACCCUUCGGCUAAACCAAGCUGUGCCCCUUGACAAGCUUGCCAACCUCCUCUGCCGGGCACCUCAGCUGGUUGAUCUUGGUACAGGGAUCUACUCAGGUGAGGUCCGCCCUGAACUCUACUCAAAGCUCGUGAGUGCCUUUGCAGGCUGCAAGGAGCUUAAAAACCUCUCUGGGCUAUGGGAAGUGGUCCCUGCUUAUCUUCCAGCUAUCUACCCUGUUUGUCCUGGACUCACAUCAUUGAACUUGAGCUAUGCUACCAUCCAAAGCGUGGAUCUCAUCAAGCUUGUUAGCCAGUGUCAGAAUCUGCAGCAGUUGUGGGUACUGGAUUACAUUGAAGACAGUGGCCUUGAUGCUCUUGCAGCAUCUUGCAAGGAUCUGCGGGAACUGAGAGUAUUUCCUUCAGACCCGUAUGGUGCAGAGCAGAAUGUCUCACUAACGGAACAGGGCCUUGUCUCCGUUUCUGAGGGUUGUCCCAAGCUUCAUUCGGUGCUCUACUUCUGCCGCCAAAUGUCCAAUGCUGCCCUAUUUACCAUUGCUAGAAACCGUCCCAACAUGACUCGUUUCCGUCUAUGCAUUCUUGAGCCUCAUACCCCCGAUUACCUUACUCUACAGCCCCUUGAUGUGGGCUUUGGUGCUAUUGUGGAGCACUGCAAGAAUCUCCGGCGCCUUUCACUCUCUGGUCUCCUCACAGAUCGAGUAUUUGAGUACAUUGGCACUCAUGCUAAGAAGCUUCGGAUGCUGUCAGUGGCCUUUGCUGGGGAUAGUGACUUGGGACUCCAUCAUGUGCUGUCCGGGUGUAAGAGCCUCCGGAAGCUGGAGAUUCGGGACUGCCCCUUUGGUGACAAGGCUCUCUUGGCCAAUGCAUCAAAGCUGGAGACAAUGCGAUCCCUUUGGAUGUCUUCAUGCUCUGUUAGUUUUGGAGCUUGUAAGCUGUUGGGUCAAAAGAUGCAAAGGCUCAAUGUAGAGGUUAUUGAUGAGAGCGGACCACCGGAUUCAAGCCCAGAUGACUGUCCUGUCGAAAGGCUUUAUGCUUAUCGAUCAGUUGCAGGGCCUAGAUUCGACAGGCCAACCUUUGUUUGGACAGUGGAUGAGAACUCUGCCAUGAGGCUUUCUUAGUUGAUUCAUCAUUCUAGGGAGGAUUGUGCAUCUGGGACUAGGAGAGUUUGAGGUAAGAGCAUUACUUACUUUUUCUUGUUUUGUAUUUUGUCUUCUGCAGCUUAAUACGACUGCAUUGGUACUGAAUGUUAACAUUGGAACAGAAUCAUUGAAGGGUACAUAAGAUGUCAGGAGCUGGGAGCCAUUUGUUUUAUUAGCUGGCUGGUACAGAAAGUAAGAAAUUAGGGGAGGGGGCUCAAAUUGGUGGGUAAUAAAGAGAUCAAGCACUUGUUAUAACAUCUAUGUGAAAGAGAGUAAGCUGAUUCUCAGCAUAAAUGUACACAUGAUGGCAUUUGCAGCAAAAAUAUUGUACCUUUUAUUUAUUAUUAGAUGGAUUUCACUCUA